GCUAAACCGAACAGCAUCGUCUUCAUCAUCAUCAAAGCUCAAAUGAAGAAGUAUGGCUGCACACGACAAAUACAUCCGAACCAUUUAACCACAGCCAUGGUUAAAACGUUUCCACGCGGACGGGACACUUUUUAACCAUGAGAAUUCAUUGCAAAAUCGUGGCGAUCGCGAUUUGCUUCGGAGUUUUCUUACUUUUGUACUUUUUCGGGGGCAAUGCUGCGGACGAGCCGCCGUUGAUAGAAGUUGCGAAAGAAAAAGACUUCCCAUCCUCGCGCGAUAGCCAUGACAUUUCACCGAUGAAAGAAGCGAAACAAACCCACGAAGCGCCGCAAAUACCACCGAAACUAAUCCGCAAAGCUGACCGCAAAGAGCCGAAGUUAAGCGGCAGAGGGAGGAAUGUCAUCGCCAAGGCUCGGCAGAAAAGUGAAGUGGGGCGCCCUGGGCCAAAGGUCACCCGACCGGAGGAUGUAAUGCACCUGGCAGUGGUGGCUUGUGGGAACCGUCUGGAUGAAACGCUUACCAUGGUCAAGUCGGCGCUGCUCUUCAGCAUAAAGAAGAUCAAAUUUCACAUCUUUGCAGAGGAGGACCUAGCUGAACAGUUUCAAAAUGGGUUCAGCCAGUGGCCUCAGACGGCGUCCUCAAAAUUUCAGUACAGCAUAUAUCCAAUAACGUUCUCCGUGGGGAACGCGGAGGAAUGGAAAAAACUCUUCAAGCCAUGUGCCGCCCAGCGGUUAUUUCUUCCUGUUAUUCUGAAGGACGUAGACUCCCUGUUGUACGUGGAUACUGACGUUCUCUUCCUCCGUCCUAUGGAUGACAUCUGGAAGUUUCUGAAGGAUUUUAACAGCUCUCAACUAGCUGCAAUGGCGCCUGAGCAUGAGAUUCCUAAAAUCGGCUGGUAUAGUCGCUUUGCAAGACAUCCCUUCUAUGGAGUGACAGGGGUCAAUUCAGGGGUCAUGCUAAUGAACCUCACACGGAUUCGUAGCACACUGUUCAGGAACACCAUGAUUGCCAGCGGCCUGUCAUGGGAAAAUCUGCUUCACCCUCUCUAUCAGAAAUACAAGAACCACAUCACGUGGGGGGAUCAAGACCUCCUCAACAUCAUCUUCCACUAUAAUCCAGAGUGUCUAUAUAUAUUUCCCUGCCAGUGGAACUACAGGCCAGACCACUGCAUGUAUGGAAGCAACUGCAAAGCUGCAGAAGAAGAAGGGGUGUCCAUCCUUCAUGGUAACCGUGGAGUUUACCAUGACGACAAGCAGCCCGCCUUCAAGGUGGUGUAUGAUGCUAUACAUGAAUAUCCUUUUGAGGAGAAUCUGUUCCAGUCUUUGUUUUACCCUCUUCAAACCAAGUUCCUAGAUACAGUUAACACCCUUUGUGGAAGGAUUCCACAAGUCUUCCUCAAACAGAUAGAGAAGACCAUGAGAGCCGCUUAUGAGAAAAAGGUUGUCCGCCGUGUCCGACGGCCGCACCAGUAAUGAAUCUUGAGAGCUGUGAGUGUGGUUUCGACAUCAUAUGGAAAAUCUCUACCUGCUGCUUAGAUCUAAGUGGACAUUUACUGCGAGAUGUGCAAGGCCAAGGGCAAGCAGCAUGUGGUCCACCAGCCUCAGUCUUAAGGAUCAAGAGCCAGAGGAGGAUUGCAAAUUUUGGAUUAUUUCAAGCAAAUUUGGUAUUAAGCAGCGUUUUGGCUCUGUUGAAAAUGACUCAAUGGAUGGAUGCAGCAAAAAAUGAAUUCCAACAGGUCUACAUACUGUACGUUUAAAAAAACUCUGAUACAGAGAAGAUACCAGAGUGCAUUUCUGUGGGUAACCAACCACUUAAAUGCGCCAUAAAAUUAUUUUUAGCAUCCUGAAAGAAUUUCACAGACUCACUGGGCUCUUAAUAUGGGUUAAGAGCUGUCUGGAUAUUUAUAAACUGUUAUACCAAUUUUCAGCGUCUGGUUUCUUAUGUCCAGCAUUGUACAUUUGGACUAAUUGUGUUGUAGUAAACGCUGAAGUAUGUAGUACUCUGUAACUCAAAAUGGCUACACCAGUUUGUGCAUUUUACUACAUCAUAAAUGUAGCCACUAAAAUUAAUGUAGCGGGCACAAACAACCAAAGAUUUCUAACAUGUCAGACCUUUUUAGAGUUGGACAAGUACACAAUGCUGGAUGUUCACAAAGGUGAUUUCUACAAAGGCCAUAUAGAUGAACAAACAAAAUCCUACUGAUACUACAAGUCUAUACUAAAGGACAUAUUCAACUUGAGGUUGAAAAUAUGGUAGAAUGUCCCUUUAUCACAACCUUUAAGUGUAGUGUACCGUAGUACACUACACUGCCAUUUUAUUUGCAAGUAAGAGCACAUGGAAACUAGCCAAACGUUAUUUUCUUUUUGAUUAAUGUAUAUUAAAUAAUAUUUGUGUUUUGCCAGGUCUGGGUUUUCAAAUAUCUUGGCAAUAUUAAGAUUUUAAGAACACCGACAAGCAUUUAUCUCAUGAAAUUUUUAUUUUGCCCUGAGUUGUGUUAGAAGUUUCAACUUCAUCUGCCAAAGUGGGACUAAAUGAAUGCCAUUAUUUAAAAUAAGCGAGCUCCCACAUUCAUAUGUAGCCAUGUGGUCAUAAUGUUCCAAGUAGAAAUGUUUGUACAUCAUGACAGUAUUAUAUAAAGACGAACAACAUUCUUUUUUAAUGUGUGGUUUACAGUUAAGUGCACUUUUGUUUUUUAUAAACAUUGAAUUGGAGGGAGAAGAUAAAUGAAUGAAAUGUUAUUUUAACAGAAGCAGAACUCUGAUCAGCAAGAUCAGUUUGCCCAUACAUAUCAAGAAAUAUUUUUUUAAAAACGGACUUUUUUCCAUUUCAUGUAAUCUCAGCCUUUUAAUAUGCUGAAUGUGAAUCUCAAAGUAUUGAAGAGCGUGCGUGUGUGAGGCGUUCUGGAGAAUGUUUUUGAUGUAUUUGUCAGCACCAUGUGCUUAAUCUUUAUAUGUGUGACCGGUUUCCAUCGUCUUGUCAUUGGUCUGGGAUCAGUGAUGAGAUUUUUUAACUGGAAACUGAAGGAGAUUGUAUUAUGCAUCUCAUGUUAUCUUUGUUUGAAGAAAUGCACCAGCGAUAUUCAUUUUAUCCAAUAUGCUUUUCUGUCUUUUUGAAUGUCUUUUAAUAUUGUAAUUUUAUACGGAAGUGCGCAUGUCAAAAUGUAAUAAAUGAGAAUGCAUUUAAUAUUAGCCUAAUUGUUUUCGUUGGAA